AGGCGACGAUCGGCCGAGACAUAUAGCUAGAAUUUCAGGAGCUGUUGGGCAUUUCAUUCCUGCUGCGCGUCUUGAAACGUUAAGUUCGUUUCGAGUUCGAGUUCGAACGCUGAGAAAAACGGUAGAAAACGCGCGCGAGUGUUUCUUGAAAUAAUAUUCAAAAGCAAAGCAAAUAUUUACGAUACAAGAGAUAUCAAAACAAAAAUACAUAGAGAGAAAAUACAAGCUUAGUGAGGUGUCAAGUGUGGUGAUGGGCUUUGGCCUAGGAAAAAGCCCGAACAACUUAUAAAAAACUUCAUUGAAAAUAACCAAGAAAACAAUACAAUACAAACUUUCCGAGAUGAUGAUGAACGCCUUUAUCGAGCCGGCCCAGCAUCAUCUGGCCAGCUAUGGACUCCGCAUGUCCCCAAACACCACAACGUCAGCCAGCGGCAGUGGCAGCAACCAACAGCAGCAGCAACAGCACGACAUGACCAGCCAGCAGCAGCAGCAACAGCACCAGCAGCAACAGCAACAGCAGCAGCAGCAACUGGAGGGCAGCACGGACUCCUCCGCGGUGACGGCGGCAGCCUAUCAGAACUCGGGCUACGGACACUUCAACAGCUAUGCCUCCCGGGACUUCCUGCUGGGGCGACGCGACACGGACUAUGGAGUGUCCGGCAGUGCCGGUCAGGCCGCUAGCUCGGCCGCUGCCGAUUCAAUGAUCUUCUCCAGCUUUCCCGCCCAGGCGGCGGCCGCCGAGCUGAGCUCCGGCUUUGGCCAGCAUCCGUUCCACAGCCACCACCAUGCCGCCGCGGCGGCCCACCAUCACCAGCACCAGAUGCGAAUGGGAAUGGCGGAUGCCUAUGCCACCCAUCCGUACCAGCAUCAUGGAAACUUCCCGUCGGCGGCCGUGCAUGCGGCAGCACACCAUCACGCGGCCGCUGCGGCAGUGCAUCACCCGGCACAUCAUGCCAUGAGCGCCAUGCAUCCAGCGGGGGCAGGAGCCUUUCUCCGCUACAUGCGCCACCAGCCAGCCUCGUCGGCCUCCAGCAUCAAGCAGGAGAUGCAGUGCCUGUGGAUAGAUCCGGAUCAGCCGGGGCUGGUGCAGGCUGGCGGGAGGAAGACCUGCAACAAGAUCUUCCACUCGAUGCACGAGAUCGUCACCCACCUGACGGUGGAGCAUGUGGGGGGGCCGGAGUGCACCACCCAUGCCUGCUUCUGGAUCGGGUGCUCGCGCAACGGACGUCCCUUCAAGGCCAAGUACAAGCUGGUCAACCACAUACGCGUCCACACCGGCGAGAAGCCAUUCGCCUGUCCGCAUCCCGGCUGUGGCAAGGUAUUCGCCCGCAGCGAGAACCUCAAGAUCCACAAGCGAACGCACACGGGAGAGAAACCCUUCAAGUGUGAACACGAGGGCUGCGAUCGGCGAUUCGCCAAUUCCUCGGACCGGAAGAAGCACUCGCACGUGCACACCUCGGACAAGCCCUACAAUUGUCGGAUCAAUGGCUGUGAUAAGUCCUACACGCAUCCCUCCUCGCUGCGGAAGCACAUGAAGGUGCAUGGCAACAUUGACGAGAAGUCUCCAUCGCACGGCUAUGACAGUGAGGGAGAGGAGAGCUCCAGCUCCAGCAUCAUAACUGGUGGGGCACAGACCCCGCCUUCGACGCGCCUGGAUGGCAGUGCCGGCAGCAGCAGCGGCGUGAGCAGCCUGAGUGGAGGCAGUGGCAUCAAGUCCUCGCCGCACUCCAUCAAAUCUGAGCCCAAUCCCAUGCACAGCGUCCACCUGGGGGCCUCGAGCAGCGGCAGCAGCAGUACGGCCAGCAGCAGCGCCUCUCAUCUGUUGCAGCAACAGCAGCAACAACAGCAGCAACACCAGCAACAUCAGCAGCAGCAACAACAGCAACAACAGCAGCAGCAACAGCAACUUGCCUCCCAUCAAAGCGACUCAAAAUCCUCGCCUGCCUUGCAACUGAUGGCCGCCUCAGCAUCAGCGUAUCUGCCGCCCCCGCUGGGACCACCGCCCUCGCAUCCGCAUCACCAUCACCAUCACCACCAUCACCAGGCGGCGGCUGCAGCCGCGGCGGCCUCCUCCCCGGGAGCAGCGGCUGCCUCGGCCUCGAUGCUGCACCACAAUCACCAUUUGCUGUACCAUCCGGCGGCGCAGGUUCAUCCGCCCAGCGACUGGUACCACACGGCGGCGCCGAGCGGCUCUGCGGAUGCCAUGAAUCCGCUGAACCACUUUGGACACCACCAUCAUCACCACCAUCUGAUGCAUCCCGGUGCGGCGACGGCGUAUUGAGAGUGGGAGAACUGGUGGCCCGAAGAGCCACCGAUGCCGCCGCCACAGCCACCGCCCCAGCCGGGGCCACCAGUACCACUUUCAGCGGCUGCCACCACCCGGGACCCUGGACUCUUGGAGGAGUCCUCUUCCCUGGACUGGAUCUGCUGCCAGCGGCUGCAGAACCUGGCCCUCGUGGCGCAAUGUGAAAACCAAAUAUUUCUUAAAGUUGAAGAAAAUACUUUAAACUUUUUACCUGAUAAUUGAAAAAUUGCUGUUGAAACGAAAACAAAAAAAUCUUAACGAAACCUACACAAGAAACUAUAUUUAAACCUUUUGAAUCGUCUUUGAGCAGGAUUAUUAUGUAUUUUAAACGUUAUUAUACAAAAAAACACAAAACAAAAACAAAAA